AUGGACAUCAACUGGUACGAAGAUCUCCAUUGUUUAGUUAUAAGUUCGAUACAUCACAUCAACAGAUCUCAAACUUCUCCUCGAGAUAAGUUCGAUACAUCACAGGACUACCAUUAUUGCAUUGUUAUCUUAAGAGAAACAUUUGAUACUAGAAUUGUAGGGCUUUACCCCGAAGGGAGCCCUUCCAGAAAUUCUCGAGGGCACAAGGCUAACCCAGGCCCAGGAGGGGGUUUGGAAAUAGUUUUCAACCAGCAAUAGACGCGCCUCGGUUAGAACAUCAUUAGCUGCGUCAUUGCCCCAAGCGCAAAGAUAGUUCACAUCCACCCUUAGCUCUCCUUUUAUAUGUUUUUCCGUUGGAUAUCCUCCAGCUUCCUCAAUGUGGGAUCAAAAACAGACAUUCUUACUCGGUCGAGGGCCAGGUCUCGGUGCACCAUGCACAUCUGGCCACAUUCACACCUCUAAAACAAGAAGCAACACAAGAAUUGAAGGCAGAGAGAUGGCAACGUACAAUAUGAUUGAGAAACAGUCGCAGGCAGCUUGUACAAUGGAGUAGAACCGGGAAAUAUGGAAAGCUAGCUAGUCUCGACCAAGGAAAACUUGGCAAGAAUAUGAGCUGCGUUAUUGCAUUCUCUAGGCUGAAAAUUGAUCAUGUUGCCACCAAUUCGAGUAAAUGUCUUCCACCAAACCACCUAGUGCAACCUAACAGGGACAAUAACAACCUUGUUGGUUCCAUCGAGUUAACUUCAAUCCGGAUUGGCAGAAAGUGCCCAUCGAUGACAGAAUUGAUGCCUUUUAGGAUUGCCAUCAAAUUCAGACCAGUAAGAACAAGUCAAAAUAACAAGACGACUCCUCAUUUAGCCAUUUGCACAGAAUGAUCUCCAGAGUUGCAGCCAAAGAGAGCCCCAAUGGUUACUACAGCUGAAGCAAUGCAGGGAUUGAGAAAUUCUUCGUUUGAAGAGCUGAUGUGCACGGGGCAGAAUCUCUGAGCAGGCCAUCCAAUCUGACUUGGUUACAAAGCUUUUACAUAUAUCAGUUUCCAGAAACGCCUUACAACUAUUUGCCAUUCUAUUCAAAACACUGAGUUUAAAGCGAGAAAAGGAAACAAUGGACGUUAAGCGAGUUAUUGCAUCAGUGGCUCCA